AGCUUGGCAACAGCUGGAAGAUCAAAACUGUGCAGAUCGGGAUUAGGCGAGCCAACCUGAGACCUCCCAUCAUCCACAGCCCGAGAUACUGGUAAUCCAGAGGCUCUUCAGAUGUUGUAGGAUUACCAUGAUCGCUAGCGGGGGGUCCUGGCUUCUCAGCGGAAGUUGAGGCCCUGUGCCGCUCUAGUUUUUGCAGCACGACUCUAUGGCUGGCUCGCGCAGGGGCGUCUUUUCAGAGCGGGAAAAAAAGCGGUCUGCCCUCCGUAAAAAUGGGCGCCCGGGCUUCUGGCGCCUGCGCAGUGCGGGAAGGGGGGCGUGUCCCGACAGCAUGCCCGGCCGGCGGCCGCGUUGCGUCACUCUUCGAGGUCCCAGCUUGGCACGCGGGGAGGCGCUUGCCAUGGGCUCGCGCCGGAUCCCAGCGCUGCAUCUCGCGCUCCUCCUGCGGCGCUUGCUCGAAGCGCCCGCGGCGGCUCCCACGCAUGCGGCGGCUGGAGGCGGCGCGCGGCGCUGGUGGAGCGCCAAGCCCGCCCGCGCGCCCAGGAUGGAGUACCAGGAUGCCAUUCGGACUCUCAAUACUCUCCAGACCAACGCCAACUACCUUGAGCAGGUGAAGAGGGAACGAGGCAAUCCGCAGGCACAGCUGGAAGCUAUGACAGGUUUCUUGGAGCGGAGCGGGUUAAAGGUCGAAGACCUGGAUCAACUGAACAUUAUUCACGUCACUGGGACGAAGGGCAAGGGUUCGGCGUGUGCCUUCACAGAACGGAUUCUUCGCAACUACGGUUUAAAGACGGGUUUCUACAGCUCUCCACACCUGGUUCAAGUCCGGGAGAGAAUCCGUAUCAAUGGGCAACCCAUCAGUAAGGAGCUCUUCAGCAAGUACUUCUGGCAGGUGUACAACCGGUUAGAGGAGACCAAGGAUUCAGACCAUGCUGCUAUGCCGGCCUACUUUCGCUUCCUGACCAUCAUGGCAUUUCAUGUCUUCUUGCAAGAAAAGGUAGACCUUGCGGUCAUGGAGGUGGGCAUCGGCGGCGCCUACGACUGCACCAAUAUCAUCAGGAAGCCUGUGGUGUGUGGGGUUUCCUCUCUGGGCAUCGACCACACCAGUAUCCUGGGCGACACCAUUGAGAAGAUUGCCUGGCAGAAAGGGGGCAUCUUUAAGCCUGGGGUGCCUGCCUUCACAGUGCCACAGCCAGACCAGCCUUUGGAUGUCCUCAAAGAGCAAGCUCAGAAGAUCUCUUGCCCUCUCUAUCUCUGUCCUGACCUGGAUGCCUUUGAAGAAGACGGCCAGCGCCUUCAGCUGGGCUUGGCAGGGGACCAUCAGCGCUCAAACGCCGUGCUCGCUCUGCAGCUGGCCCACACGUGGCUGGGCCAGCAGGGCUAUCUGGAUAUCGGCGAGCCGAAGGACCCAUGGCCGAGCUCCGUACUGCCCACCAAGAGGGCUCCCCCUUUGGCGCCUGCCUUCAAACUGGGUGAACCCAUGGUACAAGGUCUGCAAGAGGCGGUGUGGCUGGGUCGGAACCAGGUGCUGCACCACGGCCCCGUGACAUGGUACAUCGACGGAGCCCAUACCACCACCAGCAUCCAGGCCUGUGUGCGCUGGUUUCGUCAGGCUGUCCUGCAUGAGGAGAAACCUGCCGACGGUUCUGAGGUCCGAGUGCUCCUUUUCAACGUGACAGGGGACCGGGAUACUGCCGCCCUGUUGAAGCUGCUACUGCCGUGCCAGUUUGACUACGCCAUCUUCUGCCCCAAUUUCACCGAGGUGUCUACCGUGGGGAACGCAGACCAGCAGAACUUCAACGUCACCCUGGAGAACGUCUUGACCCGCUGCUUGCAGAACCAGAGUCACUGGAACCGCCUGAUGGAGGCCAAGGUGGGCCAGGACCCCUGGCUGCCCGGCGCGCCCGAGGUGGAGGGGGUGGGCCGCUGGUGGAAGCAGGCCCCCCUGCACGGCCCGGCCCUCUUCGCGCCGCCCUCGGCCCGCCCGCUCAACUCCAACUCGCUCGUCUUCCCCUGCAUCUCCCACGCCUUGCAGUGGGUCACCCAGGGCAGGGACCCGCACUUCCAGGCCCCUUCCAGCCCCGGGGGGCUCCACCCGCACCCGGCCGCCAGCAGCGGGGCCGUGUUGCUGCAGGAGGCGGCCGCCAUCCGGGUCCUGGUGACGGGGAGCCUGCACUUGGUGGGGGGCGUCCUGAAGCUGCUGGACCAGUCCCUCUCGCAGUAGAGCGGGCUUGCCGCGGACUCGGAACGGACAGCCCUUGGCCGCUGCUUCCCUGCACUCUGCCGGCCUUCUGGGGUGGCGCGACGCAGCGGGCCGUCUGGCUCCUGCUUCUGGCUCCCGGGUGUCCAGGGACUUGGGGGGGAAGGAAGCCUGUCCUCCCGCAGAGACAGACAGCCUGACGGAGACCUCGUUUCCCAGCACUGAAAGACCCUUCUGCCGCAGCUUUCGGGGGACGAGCCGCCGGGAAUCCCGGCGAAUACCCUCCUCUGCCGUUCUUCCUCCCCUGCGGCCCACCGGAAACCAGACAGCCCCCGGCUUCUCCAUUUCUGGGCCAGGCACAGAUGCGUUCCUGUUCCUCCAGUCUCUUUCUUCUGUGUGGCCUCCCACAGCCCAGAGAGGCAGGCAGCCUUGGAUGGCUCAAAACGUGCCUUUGUUUACCUGCCUCCUUUUCCUAACCUCGUCGUCCGUUUGCCAGCUCCAUCGAUCAUUCAUUCUCUCCCCCUGGAUCUUUUGCGGGAGGGCCUAAUGCAGUGAUUCUCAAACUUGGGUCCUCAGGUGUUAUUGGACUUCAACUCCCAUAAUCCCCAACCAAAGGCCACUGAGGCUGGAGAUUAUGGGAGUUGAAGUCCAGUAACACCUGAGGACCCAAGUUUGAGAAUCCCUGGCCUAAUGGUUUCGGGGAUGUUCUCACAAGCCCAUUUUAUUGCCUGUUCUUCUUCAGUGCCUCUUAGCUUUUUAAAGAUGAUUUUUUUUUUAUAGCAUCCAUUUUAGGAGCAUUCAGUCUUGUUUCUGGGGCUUGGCUCCUUCAGAACGCCGCUGGGCUUCUUCUUCCUGGGGAGCCGGAUGUGGGAGCAGCAUUCUGAGUAGCGUGUAAACUUAGGAUGUAGCUAUAGAAGUGCCUCUUUGGAUGGGAGAGUGUGCAAUCAUGUAGGACCACUGGUCUUCUGUCUCGCACGAUUGCUGUGAUGGAUUGUAGGGCCAAGGUCAGCGUCUUCGGUAACAAGGAUUCCCAAAUGUUGUUGACUACAACAUCUAUCAUCCCCUGCUGCAGUAGCCUUUGGCUGGGGAUGAUGAGAAUUGUAGUCAGCAACAUCUGGGAAUGCCAGUUACAGGGAAUACUGGCUGGGGUGAACUCGGGGGAGUUGAUCUCCCAGUACAGCCAUGGGGAAAUACCAGUGAUACAGCUGCCUGUCUUUCCUUAGGGACAGCAGUUGUGCUCUGGGAAACAAGGCUCAGAACUGACUUUGGAGGGUACGAUCUUUUUCUGCUUUUUAAAAAAUAUCCCUUUGUUAGUGGUGCCAAAUGUUCUGAAAUGGAUUUUGAUUUUUGGUACGUUUACUUGCCCACAACGUGGUCCACGGACAGUGUGACUUCGAUGGGGCAGCUGAAAUCUUUCUCUCUACAUCCCAUCUCGGUCUCUUCCGCCCUUGGGAUUUCUGCUCCACAGAGCAGAUGUUUCCUAAUCUUGGCAGCUCAAAUGUCGCACUACAACUCCCAUCAUCCCCCGUCCAUUGUGGAAGAGGAUGAUGGGGAUGGUAGACCAGCAUCAACUGCGGACCAAUGAUUGAGAACCCAACUAGGCCCUCCAGCUUAUUGUACUACAACUCCCAUCUUCCCCAUCCACAGUAAAUUGUGGCUGGGGAUUAUAGGAGUUGUAGUUCAACAGCUGGAGAGCCAGGUUUGCCCACCCCGUGCUCGAGGAUCAUUAAAAAAUGUCUUUUCUCUAAAUAAAAGGAGAGCAGAGAAAGAUUUGGGGUGGGGGCCACCGGAGUAACGCUGGAAGACCUUUUGGCAGGAUGCAUGGACUUGUGGGAAUAGCAGUUCCAAAUAGACACCUGGAUUUUUAUUUUUUUUUAUUAUUGUUUUAAUCCCACCAGGUUUAAACAGGUGGGCCCAUCCAAACGGGAUGAUAGCGCCUCAUGUGAAUGCAAAGUAGCCUGCUUGCUGGUAAAAUGUCUUACGCCUGAAAGGUUAAUCCUGUGUAAUAGCUGCCUGCAGGUAGAAAACUAGUCUGCCAGGUUCUAGCCUAGCUGACUUCCCUUGUGAUGGUGCUUUCUACUUGCGGUGAAUCUUUCUGACAGUGGGGUGGGGACACUUAAAAAAAAAAAACCCGCAAUCCCCACAGCAUGGCACAGUCCAUUUUACUGCGCCAGGAUUUUCUUCUGCUCCGCACAGAAUAAUUUUUUUGAUGCCGUGCUUUCGUGCAAGGACUUCUCUGUGCGCUCUUGAGGGGAAUAUUUCCACUGCUCUGCUGCCCCCUUGCUGGCAUAUCUGCAUCAGCUCAAAAUCGGUUCCAGUUGACGUCCGCUGUCCACUCUCCCUGCAGCGUGAGCAAAAAGAGAGAACGCAACGCCGUUUUUCCUUCACAGAUGGUUUCCCCUCCGUUUUGUGCUUUGGGCGCAAUGGCUUGUGAAUCUUUCCGGAAGACUCUUUCUGGAAAAGCUCCCCGUGAACGAGCAAUUGGUAGGCAUAGUGAUCAGGCCACCCAUAGCCGUUGUCCCUCAACAGUUUUCCAGCGGAGGGCAAAGUUACAAAGUUACUGGCCCCUUGGUCUGUGCAUGGUGGCCCGGAGUUUUGGAUGCUAGAGGGACAAAAUAGAGAUUUGUGACAUCCCUGGUGCACUGCAGGCGUGUGACCGUUGGCUCCUGUGCGAUGCCGUCGCAAAAUCUGGGCUCUUUUCUGCCAGCAAAAUUGCACAGCUGUAUAUAAAUGUCAAAAGUUGGGGCUCUCUUGCUCCAGUCACCAUGAUUCCCCCCAUGUGUUUGCAGGUAAACUUUUCCCCAUUGGGACCUAUAAUCCACCCCCCUUUCCCCACAAGGAUUCUUAAGAGGGCUUAUAGCUGUUUUUAACUGGAAUCCUACCUCUCGUCUUGCACUGACCCCGACAGCCACUGUGGUUCCGAUGAAUUCCUGGAGGGCUUUUGGUGUCCAGAGAGCGCGUUAAAGGCAGUGCCUGUCGGCUUUCGAAUAGCGUUUACCACUUCCCACCGCGAGGGUCCGUAUUCCUGAAGAGGUAGGGAGUUUAAAUGUCGAGAGUCUUCUUCUCCUAGUAACUUAUCUCGGAAUGGUUUGCUUUUUCUUCCUUUCUUAGUUUAAAUUAAAUCUUUUAACUAUUUUUAAAAGUUCCUUUUUAAAACUGAAAUAACGAUGCUUUUUUGGAAUUAAAAAAGGCAGGAUGUUUUUGCCAGAUGAACGUUGUCAGAGGAAUGGAUGCACUACAAUAAAGAAUUGGGUUAAUAAAA